AUGGUUCGGGAACUAAUGUCUGUUAAUGAACAUCAGCAAAAGUGUUUUUCUUAUAUAGCAUCUGCUGUGAUAUACGGAAAGACUGGCGUUAUUCCAGGACAAAAACAGUGUAUUGCUUUGAAAGGGGUGUGCAGAGACAAAGGCUGCAGUACACUAGAUGAUACCAUUGGAACAUGUAAUGAAGAAAAAAAAUGUUGUAGAAGGUGGUGGAUACUUGAGCCCUAUCCAACUCCAGUUCCCAAAGGAAAAUCUCCUUAA